AUGCGCACUUCAUCGCGAACCACCAAAAAACGACGGGGAAAUGACAAUGACUCUGAUGAUGGCCGUAGACACAAGGAACGGAAGCGUUCUUCUUCUCGAUCAAAAUCAAGGUCUCCUUCUCCGAAAGUGAAAAGGUCUCGAAGACGAGAAAAAGAGAGAGAAUCUACUCCACAAGGAAAGGAAGAUUACGCAGAAUCUCUAUCUAUCGAAGAAACAAACAAACUUCGUGCUAAGUUGGGUUUAGCGCCGCUUGAUGUGGAUGACACUCCUAAGACUAGAGAAACGGAGGACGGACUAACCGUUCAUGUUGAGGAUGGCCUCGAAUUCCGACACAAGAAACCAGAGAACUGGAGUGAGAAGAAGAAAGAUGCAGAGCUGAAGGAAAAGCUGGAGGUAGCAAAGAAGAAACGAAUUAUUUAUGAGAAGUUAUUAUCUGAGAAAGGCUUAGCUGAGUCGGAUUCGGAUGAUGACACUUCUGAGUGGGUGACAAAGAUGAGAAAAAUUGAAGAAGAAAAGAAGCGAGCGGAGGAAAGGGCUAAAAUGCUUGAUGCAAUGGAUGAAGAAUUUGGGGUGAACAGCUUAAUCGCAGAUGAAAAAGCGAAGCAAGCAAAGAGGAAGAUGCGAAACGAAGCGCAGCGAAAUAAAUCUUCGGGCACGGGAGGACUUAUUGUUGGACAUUCGAAGGAGGCAUUUUCUGGUGUAUCUGAUCGUAUUCUCGUUUUGGAAGAUAAAGGUGUUCUUGACGAAGGGGAUGAAGUUCUCGUCGAUCCAAAUCUCAUCGACAACGAAAAGUACGCUCGAAAUGUGGAACUAAAAAAACGGAAAGAGUUGCAGAGAGGUUUUGAUGAUGUAGACGAAUUUGGAAAGCAGAAAUCAUAUGGAGUACUGACAAAAUAUGACGAAGAGCUUGACGGCGUACAAAGAGAGAAGUUCCGUCUUGAUGAACGCGGAGGUUAUGACAUAGAAAAGGACGAGAGAGAAGCCAGAAUGAUGAAAGAACUGGAAAUGGUUGGCAAAGUAUUGGUCAAUAUGGAUACGCCAAGCUACCGCGUCGGCACCGAAUUUUAUACCCAGGAGGAAAUGACGGCUUUUCGUAAAGUCAAAAAAGGGAACAAGAAAUCAACACGGAAGAGAAAAAUCCUAAAAGCCGAAGAUCUGGUGCCUGAGGAGCCAGCAAGCGGUCGUGAUUUGGGCUCAAGGAAUCACAGUAAACGACGGGAAAUGAAGGAAGAAGACGAUGAAGAAAUGGAAGGGAAAUCAGUAGAACCUGAAACUGUUGUGAAUGGGAAGAAUGGGGACGAUGAUGGCCCAUCGCUUGCACCACCAGCACGUAUGAAGCGUGCCACAAAGAAUCCUGUUGAUAUCAACAUGUUGAGAGAUCUAGCGAAUGAAGAAGAAAGCAGCGAAGGAGAAUCUACUGAUGAGGAAUUAGAUGCUGUCGCUGAUCUUGCCGGUGUCGUUAUUAACGAUGAUGCUGAAGAUGAGUUAUCAAGCGUUCUCGAUAAAGCUCGUCGUCUUAAACAGAUUGUUGUGAAGAAGGAGGACGCAGAUGUUGCGCAAAGUGUCCGUACAAUGAUCAGUUCACACGAUAUCAAAGAGGAAAUGGAUGAUGAAGGUGGUAUGGAAGGAAGUGAUGCUGUCAAAGAUGGAGUUGUGACUCUCGACGCAACCAUGGAGUACUGUAGAAAUAUAGGUGAAAUUCCCACCUAUGGUUUGGCAGGUAAUCGAACAGAUGCUAUUGAUGUAUCAGAAAUGAAGAAAGAAGAAGAUGACGUCGAUACAGUAGAAAAGUGGAAGCUGAUGCAGGCAGAAAAAGAACAACGGCGGAGAGAACGUCUCAGAAAUAAAGAGACUGCACGUCACUGGAGUGACAAACCUGGUAGCAGCGGUGUUAUUGACAGUGAUGAUGAAAAAGAACUACAAGAAGCCAAAGAAACAGUGUACAAUUCGGAUGAUGACUCGGAGGACGAUAGCUCUAAAAAGGAAUACGAGAACGUUCUUGGUAAAGAAGCUGACGUCAGUAAAGGUGUUGGAGCAAUGCUGAAACUUGCCGCACAAAAGGGAUAUCUUAACGACAACGAAGUGAAGAAGAAAACUACUCAAAAUUUGGACCAUCUCCGCAACCAGUCAAAGACCCAAGUGGAGCAAAGCAAAUAUGAUAUCGAGGACAAAUAUGCUAAGAAGCUCGAUCGCCUCGGAACUACCAGCCGUGGUCCAAUUCUUCCAUUCGCCGAGAAGAAAGACUAUCAUCCGGAGGUGAACAUUCAUUAUGUCGAUGAUAAAGGCCGCGUCAUGGACCAAAAAGACGCGUAUCGGGAAUUGUCUUAUAAGUUUCAUGGCCGUAAUCCUGGAAAGAAGCAGACCGAAAAGAGAAUUUCGAGAAGAGAUAAGAAGGAGAUGCUGAAACAGAUGAACAGUUCGGACACACCUCUUGGCACAUUAUCAAAACAGCUGAAAAAGCAAGAGCAAUUGCAAACACCGUACCUCGUUUUGAGUGGUUCCGGACGAAGUGAUCACACAUCACUGAAGAAGGAAUGA